UACCCGACAAGUUAUAUAUAUAUUGUUCUAGCGAUGAACUAAACAACGCACAAUGAACGUUCAAGAGGAUUCAACGCACUAACUGAUUUGUAUAGCCACGCAGCAGAUAUGCCUCGAAACCGUCGUGUAAAUGGGUCAGCCAAUGGCUCCGACAAACCAGUAUCGAAACCUGCGUCUCCGCCAGAAACCCAUAUGGAGUUCGGUGGUCCUGCUGGAGUGACGGCGUUGAUGUUGGGAUUUCCUUUACUGAUGUACUACAUGUACCUUGGUGCGACGCUCUACGAUGGUCAUCCCCCAACACCACAGAAUGGCGAGACCAUCAGUGAGUUCCUGUACCAUCUCUUCGACCUUGCGUACACCCACGCGUUCCCUCAUCGGCGAGCAUGGGCCAUCUACUGGACCUUCCUGAUCCUACAAGGAACCGGGUACAUUUAUCUGCCCGGAGUAUACGGCAAAGGAAAGUGUUUGCCUCAUCUGAAUGGGAAGCAGCUCGACUACUAUUGUUCGGCGGUAUCAUCCUGGUAUAUAACCAUUGCUGGCUCGUUGGCCUUGCACUUUACCGGGGUCUUUCGUCUUGAUACGUUGAUCAACGAAUUCGGCCCGAUUAUGUCGGUGGCUAUCUGUUCAGGGUUCCUGGUCUCCAUAAUCGCCUAUGUGUCGGCAUUGGCCAGAGGGGCGCAACAUCGCAUGACUGGCUCACACAUGUAUGACUUCUUCAUGGGUGCCGAACUGAACCCUCGGCUGUUCAAAUGGCUCGACAUGAAGAUGUUUUUCGAAGUUCGAAUCCCCUGGUAUAUCCUGUUCCUCCUGUCACUGGCCACAGCACUGAAGCAGUGGGAAGAAUUGGGUUAUGUUUCGGGCGAAGUGUGUUUCGUGCUGAUGGCACACUUCCUGUACGCCAACGCGUGCGCCAAGGGCGAGGAAUUGAUUAUUACCAGUUGGUAAGUCCGGUUUCCAUCAUCUCGUUGGAAGCAGUUGCACCUAACCGCUUAUAGGGAUAUGUAUUACGAGAAAUGGGGUUUUAUGCUCAUUUUCUGGAACCUCG